UUUUUUUUUUUUUUUACCAAAAAAAAAAGUAUGCUUAUUUUUUAUACAGUAAGAUAUCCUGGCUCACAUUAUGCAACCAUAUUAAUUAUUAAUAAAUACGAGAGUUUAACGCAUGUGGAUAAACACGAUCUAGCAUAGGUUUUUAAGUUAAUGGAUCCCUAGAAAAUUUAAAGGAUCAUAGCUAGAUCGAUAAACCUGAGGAAUAGCCUAUAUAUUAUUGUAAGAAUGUUGGUGGAUACUGUGGAUUGGCACAGCCGAACAGGUCCACAAUUAGAGUACGUAUCUGUAUAUACACAUACAAUACUAUAUUAUUCAAUAAUGGAUAUUCUUUAUUGCCUAUUGGUAUUAGAAAAAAUAUUUUUCCAACAUUACAGUAGCCUCUUGGAUAAUUGAAGUAUGAGCUGAUAUUGGGAGCUCUAACCACUAUACUACCAAGAGCAUGGAGAAAAUUUUAAAUGCAAUUAUAACGUUAGACACUCAUUAACUUAAACAAUAAAAAUGUUCGUUUUUGUAUUUGAUCAUGCUUAAAGUUUGUGAAAUAAACAAAACUGAAUGUAAGUAUGUAUUAAUUUAAUAUAUUGUUUGUUAUUUUUAAUUUGUUAUAAGCGCAAAUUUUAAAAACACUCUUUUUACUGUAUUUAUGAUACAUUUUAAGAGACCAGCGAGUAUGUACGUAUUACUAUGAUUUAUUUGUACCUAUGUAAUUUAAUAUAUAUAUAUAUAGGGAUUUGAAAUAAUCAUGCUAGAAUAUUGGUUUUACUAUAGAAAUAAUGUCUUGACAGAAUAUUGCAAUUUGCAAACCUAUCAAUCAAAAACCAUCAUAUAUACAAUUCUUUUCCAGAACUGAUUCUGAUUAAAAUUUUCCUUAUCAUAACUUCUAAUAACGUUGAUCAUUUUCCUUGCUAACUAACCCUUUUUUCAGUGCUAAGGUUUACUUAAUCAAAGAAUCUUCACCAGCAACAGAUAGACUAAUAUUUGAAAUAUAUCUUCUCAAAUGUUGGAAGGGUUUGUUGGUUAGAAGGUCUAAUUGUGUAGUUAAUUUGUUUUCUAUUUUUUCCUUUAGGUUUAAUCAAAUUGGUUUAGUAGAGAUGUGCACGUCCAUUCUACUAUGCAAUAUCUUUUUGGUACAUAUCAUUUUUGAUAUAUAAAUCAAGCCUGCUUUUCUUUUAAUUUAAAAAAUAAUGAAUCUCUCAUUUUUAAUGCAUACAAAAAUCCAAAAGGAUUGUCAAUUUAUUUAACAAGAAAAAUAAAAUUGUACUAAUGCAAAAGGAAUGAUUAUAAAUAUGAGAAAGUGUAGGCCAUUAAGCAGACAAAACGUAAUUAACAAAUGGAUUAUUAUAUGUAACCCACCUUCUUCUUCACCUUUGGCAUUGUUUAUAAAAUUUCUCUCCUUAAAGCUAUGUACUCAAGCCUCAAGGUGAAAACAAAAACCUAAUUCAAUAGCAACAAACACACAAUUAAUCCCAAGGUUAAUUUCAACCAUUUUUAUCAAUAAUUCUCAACAACACCAUCAUAUCAUGAGUAGCUCAAGCUCUAGUUCUCUCUCUGGCUCUCCUUGUGGAGCUUGUAAGUUCCUCAGGAGGAAAUGUUCAAAGGGAUGUGUGUUUGCUCCAUACUUUUGUCAUGAACAAGGAGCUUCACACUUUGCGGCCAUUCACAAGGUUUUUGGAGCUAGCAAUGCUUCUAAAUUGCUCUCUCAGCUUCCCACUAGCGACCGCUGCGAAGCAGCCAUUACAAUCUCUUACGAAGCUCAAGCUAGGCUUCAAGAUCCCAUCUACGGCUGUGUCUCUCAUAUCUUUGCUCUCCAGCAGCAGGUUGUGAAUCUACAAGCACAGCUUGAGAUUCUAAAGCAACAAGUCGCACAAAGCAUGAUGUUUGCUGAUUCACCAUCAUCAGAAAACCCUAAUAGCUUUUAUGGAGACACUACUAAGACUACUUCUUAUCAUCAUGACCAUCACCAAGAACAUCAAAAUAUUUAUCAUCAUCAUGAUCAGACCCAUCUAGUCAACCAAAUCGGAAGCUUAGGAACUGGUCAGCACGGAGAUGCGACGGUGAAUAGUUACCCCAGCCAAAACUCCUCGGGCUUGGGAGAAUUCUCUAUCUACCCUGAAUUGGAACAACACUUGAACACUUUCAAUCAAGAUCAUCUCAAAGAGCUUCAGUCAGCAAAUUUUGGUUACAUAUCGUUCUCGUGAUGGUUCUAUCAAGACAAGGGUUGAUUCAUAUCACUAUCUCAUCUAUAUAUAUUGAUUAUAUACAUACCUUAUAUAUGUGUCAAGACUUUUUGAUGGUUUUAGUGUGGAUUGUUGUUGUUGCCUAGCUCCAAGAACCGGCUUUGUAAUCAUAAAUAAAGAAUACUAGAUGCCCUAGAAAUAUAUAAAGAUCAUAUAUUAAUAUCCUCAAGAUGUUUUUAGAGUAUAUAGUCGAUCAUUGUGCUAAUCGUCUCGAUAUCACCCCAAACUUGUCACGAUCUAAACUUAAAAAGACACAAAUCUUUUAGUUAUCUAAUAGACUCUGUUUGUCUUUAUUCUUUAGAUUUUGCUUGUACGUACAAUCUAGUACACUUAAUCAGUGGACCUUGCUGUCUAUCCUUCAUCGGAGAAAGCUGUUUUUGGAUCAUUUUAGAUAAAUAAUCUGGGAUUUUUUAUUUUUCUUACAUUUUGUUGGGCAUAAAGACUAAUCACCACAUGCUCUUAAUUAGGUCAGCCAAUUCCGGUUUUCGAUUUCUUACAAAUGAAAUGUGUUAUAUUUCUUAUUUCUCUUAAAACGAUAUAAUCAUAUAUCUUUAAACUUUUUGUAUAGUUGGAUACCCUACAAAUUGUCGGCAGAUAAUCUUGUUAUAUACACUUAUAUAUUAUUCUCGGUAUGAUUGAUAUCUUAAAGCUUAUGAAAGAUUACAGAAAGUUCUUAUCAGACUAAUUUGUAUGUUUUGUUGUUGUUGUUGUUGUUUUGCAAUACAUACUUCCCUUGAUGUUUUAAAAAUGAUAUUUAUCUCAUCAUUAUCAUCAAGUUUGUAGACAUAGCACAUCAACGGAUUUAAUUUUUUUUCAUAACCAUUAUUGCGAUUUUCAUUUAUCAUUUGAUUGAUAUAUAAUUAACACUUGUCAUAUAAUAUAGUUUUUUUUUUCAGAAUAGGGUUCUAUACAAAUAUUUUGGCCCUUACGAUAAUUAUUUGCUAACGUUAAAUGUUUGUUUGGUUGUCGGAAAGUCUAUUUCAAAAUUUUAUUUUGUCUAUCCCAUGUGUAUUUUACUCAAAAUGCAAUCGUAUAAUUAUAUCGACAAAUAGAUCUCAAUCAUAAUAAGGAUGUAAUAAAAAUUUAUAAAAAAAUGGACAAUACCUAUGCAUUUGUUUUUUUCUGCGCCAAUAUUUAGUUCUAUUUAUUUUACCAAAAAAAAUAUUUAGUUAUAUUAAUUAAACGAUAAAACUCCACUGAAUAUAUGAAACCACCCGUCUUCUUUGUAGUUGUAGUAGUAAUUAGCUUUAUGAAAUAGUAAGGCCUCAGCAAAAGAACCAGAACUAAAGAACCGAAUUGGAAUCGGAUCGAAAUACCCGAAAUCAGAAUCGGACCAGAAUCUUCAAAUAUCCCAACAGUUUCUAUAUUUUUAUAUCUGAAAUAAUCGAACCGAACCGGAACCAAACUGAGAACCGAACGGAUAUCCGAAUAUAUAAAAAUAUUAAUUAUAUAUACAUAUAAUAUAACUAAAUUUAUACUUUUUAAUUUAAAGAUCUAUUAAAAGUAUCUGAAAAUAGUUGAGGAUAACUAAAUUAUUAUAAAGUAUCCGAACUACCUGAAAGUACCUGAAACUAUCCGGAUAGUUUUAUCCGAAAUAUCCAAAGUAAUCCAAAAUAUCCAAAAUUCUUACAUAAAUCAUCCUAAUUAUUUGUUAUUUUACCCUAAAUAACCGAUAUUUUAUUUGAAUUACUCGAACUACCCGAAUUAUCCGAACCUGAACCAGAACCAAAUGAGAACCGAAUAUUUUUUGGGCAUUUCCCGGUUCCUAGUUUUACUUUUACUAUCCGAACCGAAAAUAAGUCAAGUAGUAAAUGGAUACUUUAGCGCCCUACCCGAACAACCCGAAACCCAAAAUACCUGAACCGAACCGAACCGAUACCCGAAUCCCCGUGAUGUGA